ACCGCCCGAGCAAUAUAACCUCAAUUUAGGAAAAAAAAACAGUUCCGGAGACGGGUUGGGUAUUUUUGUAAAUAUUUUGGAAGAUUCUUUACAACAUGGCAAGUAGAUCUCUCAUCCUUAUGGGUCAGGUGGUGCCAUGUGUAAAGCGGAACGCCUGCAAAGUGCGAAUCCGACGAAUGGAAUUGGAUCAGAAUCUUUUGAUGUAUUUCAAGAAGGAAGAGUUCCUCUUUGCCCAUGACCCGCAAAAGAAAUGUAAGGUGGGCGAUAUUGUACUGGUUAAGGAACUUCCCCAGAAGCUCACUACACUCAUCACACAUUCAGUGGAUGUCGUUUAUCCCUAUGGAGAUGUCACAUGUCCCCUCACGGGCAAGAAGGUCAUAGUUGGGAACUAUCGAGAUCAAAUUGAGGAAGCAAAUCAACUCUAUGGUAAAUCCAGCAAGGCUUUUGACUACGACAAAGCUCCUCCGCGUGGAAGACUCGAAGACAAGCGGGAUUUCAGUCAUCGAGAGACCUAUAUGAAGUACCACGAUGAUGGGAAAGAUCAGCCUUUUGCAGUUUAGUUCUUUGUAUUUAAUUUGAUUAGGUGCUUUUAGAAUAAAAGAAAAUCUAUUUGAACUCAAA